GAGGCCCUGACCACACCUGCGGACUUCUCUGUUUCUCGUCCUGUCUCGUACGUGCAUGUCCCUUUUCUUUUUCUCCCACGCUCUGUGGCGGUGGCUGGCCUGGCCCGGCCUGGCCCUCAAUCUCUUGGGGUCCCUGUACCUGCAUAUCGCCUGCAUAAUCUCGUUCUGGCAAAUGCAAGAUAGAGGUGAGUCAAUGGGGGUUUUGAGGCUGAGCCCGGCUGGUUCCGGGCUCUGCAUGUACCACAGUAGGUCUGGGUCUGAGGCGACUCCCCGAAUGUGUGUCUUCUCGGCCCCUUUCUUCCCUUUCCUUUGGAGACUGUGUUCUUGUCAGUGCGCUCGUCAGUGGGCAGCUUCAUGACGUGCUUGCCGUCUUGUUUCGGCAACCUCUAUUAACUAGCAAGCCACAUUGCGUCUUGGGCAGUUGAAGAAUGGAUAGGAUCUUCAAGGAAGAACUGCACAGCCAGUGCGCAACCGGGCAGCCACGGGUCCUUCCUUACUUGUCAAUAUGGAUUGGG